CACGAGAGAGGAAGCUAUGCGAACCCGAAGGCAAGUAUACACUCACUACAUGUUAUCCUGCGCUAAUGGUUCCCUGUUUGGCUCAGCAGAGAUAACAGUUAUAGAGUGCGAGAGCACACAUCGAAUUUGCACACACCCUUUUGAAUUGGUGGCAGCGCAGCCAGAGCUCUGCGUGAAUUUCGUCGAUCGUCGCCACGAUUUCUCACUGUGGCGAUCAAAUCCGUUCUCCGUGGGGGUCGUCUCAGGGGCUCCGCACCCAAAGAAAAGAGUCGGUAGGUGACGCGCUUCAGAGUGUCGCAGGCCCAGUCUGUCUCACCUCAUAGUCGACAACUAAACAUCAAGAAAAAUGCAAAUGUUGAAGGAUUACCGGCCAUGACGCUCUUUUAUGAGUGUAGUGCGGACGCAUUUUCUGAGUAGUCCAGCGUAUCAGACUUACGUUUUCGAGCACGUUGAGAAGAGCUUGGCUUUGAAGAAGGGCAGCAGAUUCCUCGUAUCAACCCAAACGCCAGUAGCCAUGGGUGGUGGCGCUGGCCCUAAUUCUCAGGGCAGAGGUAGAGGUGGAGGUAGUCGAGGUGGUGGUGGUGGACGGGGCAGAGGUGGGGGCGGUCGAGGUGGCGGUGGCGGUGGCCAACGUUGGUGGGAUCCUGAAUGGAGAGCUGAAAGAUUGAGACAGAUGCGUGAAGAGGGUCCUAACGAAGAGCAGUUAGAUCAAAAUGAAUGGUGGGAGCGGCUAGAGCAGCUCAGAGCCAGAAAUGAUCGACAGGAAGAAAUUAUCAAAACCAACUAUGGUCGAGAGGGAGCUCAGCUUCUCGAAGGCAUGGCUAAUCAGCUCGACCUGUAUUUUCAUGCAUACAACAAAGGGAAAAAUACAGUUCUUGUUGUCAGCAAAAUACCUUUACCAAACUAUCGAGCUGAUCUGGACGAUCGCCAUGGCUCUUCACAACGUCAGAUCAGGAUGUCGUCCGAUACAGAGAAUCGAGUUGAAAAUAUGUUGGCUGGUAUACGCGAGGCAGAUGCACAUACUGCAGCAAGUCUGCCAAAAGAACCUGAGAAUUCUUCUGUGCAGCCCACAGUGGCACCCUAUAGACUCGGUGCAAGAAAGGGUAAUCAAACUGAUCUGGUGGCACCCAUGUCGAUGACCCAGAUCGACUCAGAAAAGCUCAAUGCAGAUUUGCGAGAAAAACAGCGGCGCCUUCAGACACUACCGGCAGUCAAGGCCAUGUCUGUCUUCCGAGAGAAGCUGCCCGCAUUCAAGAUGAAAGAGGAGCUGCUGCGAGCUGUCGCCAACAAUCAGGUGGUUGUGGUUUCUGGAGAAACUGGAUGUGGUAAAACAACACAGCUGCCCCAAUUUUUGUUAGAACAAGAGGUAGAAGCGGGCCGUGGUUCAAAGUGCAACAUUAUCUGUACCCAGCCUCGCCGUAUAUCUGCCAUGUCGGUGGCUGCAAGAGUGGCAGCCGAACGAGGUGAUGCUUUGGGGCAAAGCGUGGGGUAUCAAAUUCGAUUGGAGUCAAAGAGAUCGGAAAACACCCGAUUGCUUUUCUGUACGACGGGAGUCCUACUUCGUCGUCUGGUUCAAGAGCCAGAGUUAGCGGGAGUCAGUCACGUGAUGGUGGACGAAAUUCACGAGCGUGGAAUGAACGAGGACUUUCUGCUCAUCAUAUUGCGAGACCUACUUCCACGCCGACCUGAUCUUCGUUUGGUACUAAUGAGUGCCACCAUCAAUGCAGAACUCUUCUCCAAGUAUUUUGGCAAUGCUCCCAUGAUGCAUAUACCGGGUUUUACUUUCCCGGUGCAAGAGCUUUUCCUUGAAGACGUGCUUGAGAAGACUCGGUAUAGAGUAGGUGCAGACCAACAACCCUCUAGCAAUUACGGAGGACAAAGACGGAGAACACAAGAGAAGAAGAGAGACCCUAUCACUCAGGCUUUCGAGAAUGCGGAUAUUGACGCUGAGUUUCGUCGUUACAGCCGUGGCACUCAGUUGUCUCUGAAGGCGUGGAAUGGCGAUGAGCUUGACCUUGGACUGGUAGAGUCUACAAUUGAGCACAUAUGUGAGCGUGAGAGUGAAGAGGGGGCUUUACUUGUCUUUCUGACGGGAUGGGACGAUAUAUCAAAACUUAUGGAAAAGCUGAAAGCUAAUGCUGCUCUGGGAAAUGCGAGCCGAUACUUACUGCUGCCUUUGCAUGGGUCUAUGCCUACUAUCAACCAGAGGGAAAUUUUUCAGCCGCCUCCUCGUGGCGUAAGGAAAAUUGUGUUAGCAACAAAUAUCGCAGAAACAAGUAUCACAAUUGAUGAUGUGGUUUAUGUGAUCGAUUGCGGAAAAGCCAAAGAGACCAGCUACGAUGCUCUAAACAAGCUUGCUUGUUUACUUCCCUCGUGGAUCUCCAAAGCUUCAGCUCACCAGAGACGAGGUCGAGCUGGAAGAGUUCGGGCUGGAGUUUGCUACCACCUAUAUCCGAAAUUAGUGUACGAUGAGAUGCUGAAGUUUCAGUUGCCUGAAAUUCUCCGAACUCCAUUACAAGAGCUUUGCCUACAAAUCAAGAGUUUAGGGCUUGGAAGCAUAGGAAACUUCCUUUCAAAAGCCUUGCAACCACCAGAAGCCAUGGCAGUUCAAAACGCCAUUGAUCUUCUUAAAACCAUUGGGGCCUUGGACGAUAAGGAAGAUUUAACACCACUCGGAAGUCAUCUUGCGCAGUUACCCGUAGAUCCGAAGGUAGGGAAGAUGCUUCUGAUGGGAGCUGUUUUUCAGUGUCUGGGCCCGGCACUUACCAUCGCUGCAGCUCUGGCUCAUCGCGAUCCCUUUGUUCUUCCUAUUGAGAGGAAGGAGGAAGCCGAUGAAUCCAGACGGCGUUUCGCUGGCGACACGCAGAGUGAUCAUGUAGCCCUUCUAAGAGCAUACGACAGUUGGCAAGCUGCGAAGCGUGAAGGAUGGGAGAAAAACUUUUGUUGGACGAACUAUUUGUCACCUCCUACUCUGCAAAUGAUGGAAGACAUGCGCCGGCAGUUUGUGGAUCUGAUAUCUGAUAUUGGAUUUGUCGACAAGCGUCGACUUCAGGAGUACAAUGUAUACAGCGGUGAUAUGGAAAUGGUGAAGGCAGUGCUUUGUGCGGGACUCUUUCCCAGUGUGGUCCAAUGUAAGCAACGUGGUAAACGCACCGUUUUCUUCACCAAGGAAGACGGGAAAGUGGAACCUCAUCCAGCGUCAGUCAAUGCACGGGUCAACUACUUCCCAGAACCUUGGCUCGUCUACAGCGACAAAGUUAAAACGAGUGGAAUCUACGUACGACAAUCAACCAAUCUAUCGGAUUACGCGCUUCUCAUGUUCGGAGGUAGCCUGAGUCCCAGUAAAGAGGGAUUCGGAGUCGACAUGCUCGAUGGGUACUUGCAAUUUCAAGCUCCGGCGAAAACCAUCCAACUGGUGCAGGAUCUGCGCUACGAGCUAGACCUGUUGCUGGAGCGCAAGGUCAAGGAACCGCAGUUUGACAUUCACAAGGAGGGCAAAGGAGUCGUAAACGCGGUUUUGGAGCUUCUGCAUAGUGGCCAGCGCAAGUCUUAUUCUUCUCCAUCUUCGGCCUGGGGACCCGAUGACGGCGAUCGGGCUCAAGGAUCUUCCUCCUCUUCUUCCCGACCGUACCAUGGCACCGGCUUCAACUCCAGGCGUUAGGCGUAGCAAAUUUUGAUACCCCCCAUUAUCAUAAAGCCAGAGGCCGGUGCAGUAUCGAACAUGAGCCAUUCUCAAGUUCGUGCACGGUCCAGUAUUGCAUUUCUUCUCGACCUUUUGGGCGCGGACAAGUUUCUAGAAUUUUCGCGUGUUUGUUGGUGAGCGGGGCGGACGCAGACGGAGGUUGUCGGAAUCAGCGCACAGAAGGAGAGAGGACAUGUCCAGCCACCAGCCGGAGGAACGACCGAAUACACUGCAGGAGAGGGGAUAUUCGAGUAGCCCGACGAGGAGCCUCGGAGAUCGCCCGUUGACUUGCGAACCUGUUCUGUGUCACGAAUAUGUGGCUUACCGGGCGAGAACGAGAUCUUAGCGCGGUCCUCAAGUGCGUCAUGAUUUCUACGUGCCUACGAGUACCUCG